CUCUGAAUAUUCAGUCCGUAGCAAUCAAAACAGGAAGCGAACAUUAUCCGAAAAAAUGUAUAAUGUAGAUAAAUGGAUAGAAAUAGCGAAAGAAUGCAAAUAUCUUCCGGAAAAUGACUUGAAGAGAUUAUGUGACAUGGUGUGUGAGCUGCUACUGGAGGAGUCUAAUGUACAGCCAGUGUCUACACCAGUCACAGUAUGUGGAGACAUACAUGGACAGUUUUACGAUUUGAUGGAGUUGUUCAGGACAGGUGGACAGAUGCCCGACACAAACUAUAUCUUCAUGGGAGAUUUUGUAGACAGAGGUUACUACAGCUUGGAAACUUUCACAUUACUUCUCACACUAAAGGCAAAGUGGCCAGACAAGAUUGUUCUUCUACGAGGCAAUCAUGAAAGCCGACAGAUUACACAGAUAUAUGGUUUCUAUGAUGAAUGUCAGACCAAAUAUGGAAACGCAAAUGCCUGGAGAUACUGUUGUAAAGUGUUUGAUUUACUCACAGUUGCAGCUAUAAUAGAUGAGUGUAUAUUGUGUGUACAUGGAGGGCUGUCACCAGACCUGAAGACAAUAGACCAGAUCAGAACAAUAGAGAGAGCACAAGAAAUUCCACACAAAGGAGCUUUCUGUGAUUUAGUAUGGUCAGACCCAGAAGAAGUUGACACAUGGGCAAUGAGUCCUAGGGGAGCAGGAUGGUUGUUUGGGGCCAAGGUCACUAAUGAGUUUGUACACAUCAAUGGUCUCAAGUUAAUAUGUCGAGCUCACCAGUUAGUGCAUGAAGGUUUUAAGUAUAUGUUUGAUGAGAAACUGGUCACUAUCUGGUCGGCGCCAAAUUAUUGUUACAGAUGUGGAAAUAUUGCCGCCGUCAUAGACUUUAAAGAUGCAGAUAAUCGUGAAGCGAAGCUGUUUAAAGCUGUGCCAGACAACGAACGUGUGAUACCCUCGCGGACUACAACGCCAUACUUUCUAUGAUGCGAUGAGAUUGGAUAUUUUGCAGUCUAUUUUUAGCAUGUGUUUUUUGUAUAUAAUGUGCUAUGUAAUAAAUCAUUGAUAGAGUUGAUUUUUAUAAGAUGGAGAACAUACUAGGACCAUUUUGGACACUGAGUGACACAAAUCAUGUUCUUUUUUUAUAUAGAGGAUAUUACAUGAGUGUCUUUUCAUAUUGAAUUUAUUAAACAAGUUGAAUAAAAUAAUAAAAUGCAGAGCUCUGCCGAGCAUUUUAUCAAUUUUAUUCAACGAGUUUAAUAAAUUCAGUGUGGAAAGUCACAAAUGUAAUAUUCUUUUUAUCACAUGUAAGCUUUUCGAGCAGAGACAUCAGAAAUUCUACUUUCUUAAACUAUUAUAAACAAGUUAAUUUGACCAACGUCUCCUAUACUUGAAACGACGCCGUAGUCAAAGCUUUAUUACACUAGUAUAUUAUCAAAUUUAUGUAAUGGCUUAAUUUCACUCCCGCAAUGUCAAACAUGUGAUAAAGAAUAUUACAACACACUUUUUUAGUUUAUAACAUUCAUCAUGCAAGGAAGUCAUCAAACUGGCUUAGAGAAAGUGGUUGGUUCUACCAACAUGCCUCUGCAGUCUAAAAUAAAAUGAGAUUUCCUCCCCCAUUAGAAGCUGGAAAAGUUGCUGUUUGACCUAUAAUUAUGUCAUUGUUAUGUCAGUCCCAACAAACAAGAACAAAAAAAUGUGACUUACGUAAUCAGUCACUUGAAAAGUUAUGGAAUUUUUCAUUAUGUAGAGAAGCAGUCUGGGUGUAUAAAUUGAAUUCAAUGGCCUCUGUGGCCUUGUGAUUAAAAUUGCUGACCAGUUCCUAGUCUCUUCUUCUCUGCAAAUCUUAGCCUGGCUUGAGUCUUCAUGUAAGAAAGCAGUCCGGCUGGAUUGCAGGUCAUUGGCUUGAUAAUACCUGGAAGAAUUCUUAUCUUCUAAAGUUGUAAAGAUGGUAUCAUGUCACAGUAUUCCCUGAACUGUAACAUUUAAUGUAUUCCCAAUGUCUGAUUGGUCAUUGGCUCUACUCAAACCUGAAAUAAUAUCUGGUGGACAUCUGAGCUUCUAAAGCUAGAGAUAGUGUGAUUAAAUCCAAAGAAAUUAACAUAUAUUUUAAAAGGUUUUGAAUUUGUAUACCCCCCAAAAGGGAAUAUCUGGUUUAAUCAGUUUUGUAUGCCUAUCAAAUAAAAUUGUAACCGCAGUGUUACAUUCUUUAUUAUCUAUAUACUGGUACUGCACUUCUUUCUUUUCUUAUUGAAUUUGAAUGGUAAAACUUGGCGUGAAAAAAGCAGAAAUAAGGCAUGGUUAUUGGUAUAACUGAACUGUUUGCAUCACAAAGCUUUUUAAGAUACCCAAAAAGUAUUAUGUUUAGCAUGUGGCAUUUUUAGCUCGACAAUUCGAAGAAUAGUGGAGCUAUCCUACUCACCCCGGCGUGAGCGUGAGCGUCACACAAAUGUUAAAGUUUGCUUACCACCCCAAAUAUUUUCAAAGUCCAUUGAGAUUGCUUUGAUAUUUUGCAUACUUGUUUACCAUCAUGACCCCAGUCUGUAAAAAGGAGGAGGCAACUCUAUCAAGCAUUUUGACUGAUUUAUGGCCCCAUUUCGACUUAGAAUAUGCUUAUUGUAAUGUUAAAGUUUUACUCGUAGCUUAUAUUAUACUAUCAAGCACUGAGAAUAGUCGAGCAUGCUGUCCAACGACAGCUCUUGUUUUGUGAACUAUGUUAUAAAUGAUAAAGAAUAGUUAUUUUUAAUUGAUAGUAAAACAUUGCAUUUUCUCUUUCAGCCAGUUAACGUCUUUUGUCUUAAGGUUAUAGUUUAUCUGUUAUAUGACUAAGUAAAUUCUAAUUUGAAUAUAGUCUUUUUGAAAGAACAUAAUAUUAUUAUGCAUGAUUUUAAUUUUGCUUAAAAUUAUGCCCUCUAAGUGAAAUUGCAAACAUUUCCAGCUGGCAAAAUAGUGUAUGUAUUUUGGUUGUUGAACUGAUAUAUUGAAUUAUUUUGUAAAUUUGAAAGAAUGAUAAUUGAUUAAAAAAAAUCAACAAAGUCA